CAUACUAUAUCUAUAUAAUAUAGAUAUUACUAGUUUUAAUUACAUUUAAUAACAUUGUUAUCGAGUAUGGUUGUGGUAUGAAGCCGAAAUUCGACGGGCUUCUAUAAUCGUUAUGUCUUUUUCAAGUUUUUAUCGCUUGAUAGCAAUGUCUGAUACAGUUCUGCAAAGCAAGAGCGGAUUGCGGAUCUUUCGUUCUACUGGCAUGAUGAACGGCGUUCGAAGCAGACACCAAUAUCCACCGCUGAACGAAGACGAAAUCGAGGAAUCGUUUGUGAGGAGUGGUGGAGCGGGAGGGCAGAACGUCAAUAAAAGAAGCACGUGCGUCCAGUUAAGGCAUCUUCCAACUGGAAUUAUUAUUAAAUGUCAACAAGAGCGAACGCAGGAGCGCAAUCGGAUCUUGGCUCGCCAAGAGCUGCAGAAACGACUAGAUGAUUUUCAUAACGGAGAGAACAGUUUUCUGAUGCAGAAAAAGAGACAGUUUAUAUGGAGAGAGGAGCAGAGGAAAAUGAAAGCGGAGGAGAGAAACCUGAAAAAAAGACUGCUUAAAGCACAAAAUGGCGAAUCGAUCGGUUGGGGAUUUAAUGCUGUGAUCACUACCCUACCAUUUCUUACAUUACCUAACUGGUGAACGAAUAGAAGACCGAUGCAUUACGUUGGAUCUGGCAUCAAUAAAC